UCCUGCUCUCAGCCCAGUGUUGAGUGAGAAGGUUAUGUCUAGGACUUCCAUUCAACCAUAGAUGAUAUGGUUUUCUACUGCGAGUGCAAAACACAUGGAGCAGUUUGAACAACUUUCUGAAAAGUUUUACUAGUUUGGGUCUGACUUCCACCAAAAUGUCAGGGCACUCCCUGGUCACUGGCUCCUUUGUGGUAGCAGACUAUGUGGUGUUUGCUGUCAUGCUCCUGGUCUCGGCUGCCGUCGGAGUCUACUAUGCCUGGGCAGACAGGGGCCAGCAAAGCUCGGGGGACUUCCUAAUGGGGGGUCGAAGACUGACUGCCCUGCCUGUCUCCCUUUCCCUGACCGCCAGCUUCAUGUCAGCCAUCACAGUGCUGUCCAACCCAGCCGAGGUAUACCGCUAUGGAGCCAACAUAGGAUUUUAUGGUCUGGCUUACGUCAUGACGAUGGUGAUCACAUCUGAGGUCUUUCUCCCAGUCUUUUACAGGCUGGCCAUCACCAGCACAUAUGAGUAUUUGGAGCUGCGUUUCAGCAGAGCGACCCGUCUACUGGGAACUGUGCUCUUCAUUGUUCAGACAAUCCUCUACACUGGAAUCGUCAUUUAUGCUCCGGCUCUUGCUUUACACCAAGUCACUGGGAUGGAUCUAUGGAGUGCAGUUUUUUCCACAGGCGUGGUCUGUACCUUUUACUGCACUAUGGGUGGUCUGAAGGCAGUGGUGUGGACCGAUGUGUUUCAGCUUGGCGUCAUGUUUGCAGGCUUCCUGUCUGUCAUAAUCAGGUCCGUGGUCGUCCAAGGUGGCGUCCUCCCCAUCAUUUCGGAUUCAGAACAGGGAGGGAGACUCAACUUUUGGGACUUUGACACAAACCCUCUGAGGAGACACACUUUUUGGACCAUAACCAUUGGAGGGACAUUUGUCUGGGUCAGUAUCUAUGGGAUCAACCAGGCCCAGGUUCAGAGAUACAUCUCCUGCAAGAGCAUCACUCAUGCCAGAUUAUCUCUGUACAUCAAUCUGCUCGGCAUGUGGGCCAUCUUGCUAUGCUCAGUGUUUGCAGGAAUGGGCCUCUUCUCAAUCUAUAAGAACUGCGACCCAUGGACAGCUGGACGGGUUAAUGCUCCAGACCAGUUGAUGCCCUAUUUGGUGAUGGACAUCCUGGGAGACUAUCCUGGCCUUCCUGGACUAUUUGUUGCUGCUGCGUAUAGUGGAUCUCUCAGCACAGUGUCAUCCAGCAUUAACGCACUGGCUGCAGUGACAGUGGAGGACCUGAUCAAACCGUACACUAACAUAUCUGAGAAACAUCUGUCCUGGAUGGCAAAAGGACUGAGUCUCAUAUAUGGGGUUUUAUGCAUUGGAAUGGCUGGACUGGCUUCACUCAUGGGAGGCAUCUUGCAGGCAGCCAUCAGUAUAUUUGGCAUCAUUGGAGGUCCUUUACUUGCUGUGUUUACAUUGGGUAUCCUCUGUCCAUUUGCCAACUCCAAAGGAGCAUUGUCAGGUCUCGUGUCGGGGUUGGGAGUGGCACUGUGGGUGGGCAUCGGAGCCCAGAUAUACCCCCCACCCCCUGAGAUGAGCCGACCUCUGUCACUGACCACUGAGGGCUGUAACCUCACUACGACAGACAGAUUCAACUGGACCUCGACUGCUCUACCAACACAGCCACUCUCCAUCAGCACAGCCCUGGUACAUAGCAUUGAUGGCAAGCCUCUGCUGGCAGAUAACUGGUACUCUCUGUCGUACCUUUACUUCAGUCCUAUUGGGACCAUCAUAGCUAUCAGUGUGGGACUGUUAGUCAGCCUGUUUACAGGAGGCUGUAAGUUGAAGGUGGAAUCAAAGCUUACAUUAAUGAAAGAAGACACAACUCUUUAUCACCUGUUCCAAGUUUGCAAAGACAGAGUCAUGAGACGAACAGGAAAGCUUGACCUGACAAGGGACAGAGGAAAGAGAACUGGCAGCACUAAUCCUGCUUUCUGUGACGUAGAGCUAAACACAACAAAAAGCAGCAUUGCCUCAUGAAAUGCAGCUGUUUGUUACAUUAUUACUGAUAUAAUACAAGAGAUGCCAAUAAAGG